CGGCCGCAGAGGUGCAGAACUGAAGGGCAGCACUGGUUGAGUGAGAUGUUGCCAAAUGCUGCUGUCUACUACUUCCCGUGGGAGAUCAACAGCUCAGUCGCAGAGGGGGAGGCACUGAGGACGUUUGGCAGGUUAAGCUGCUACGACCUGGCUCGCUCCAAAGCCGUUCUCACCGCUCGGCACCGUGCGGCCCAGCACCAGGUGUGCGUCGACACCAGCUUCGUGGAGCCCUUCCAAGCCCAGCUGGGCUCUCUCUACAUGGUGCUGGGGGAGGCCGAGCACAGGGAAGGUGAGGGUCCUGUGGUGAAGGCCCGAAUAUUGACCUGCGUGGAGGGGAUGAACCUGCCCUUGCUGGAACAAGCCAUCCAGGAGCAGAGAAAAUACCUCCAGGAGCGACAGCAGCACGUGGAGACCGGCAUGUCCUGAGGGCACCUCGCAGCARCCCUCAUCCCUUUGCUGGGGAAGGCAUCGGCACUCCAGCCUUUCCCAGCAGCACUGAUGCUUCCAAUAAAUUUUUAAAAUACUUUGAAUCAGGACGUAGCUGUCCACGGAGCUGCUCCAUGCAUGGUCACCAAAAAGGGCUCUGAGAAUGAGGGUGGCUUGUUGGAUAAAAGGUUAAGGGAGCGCUUGAGUUAUGCCAAUGCUUUCGUAGCACAAGGUUUGGAGGAGCCAAGAAAGAGAGAAUUCCGUAAAUCUGUAGCUAAACAUUCACGUGCACCCACUCCGGAGUGUACUAGGACACAGGGCAGUUGCAGAUGGGAGAGAAAGGGCACUGGAGUAAAGUUCUUUGCCUGGCGUGGCCACACGUCCACAGGA